GUAUUUUCUAUAUUACAAACAUUGAAUACAGAGUAAAAGUUUUAGUUUAAACAUCAGGAUUUCACAAAUACAAUAUUCAUUGUGUUCAAUUCAACUGUUAGUAAAUCAUACUCAAGAUAGAUAAUCAUUACCCCACAUACACACACACACACACAGAUACGUUUACUCAAAUGUAUACAUGGAUACUAAUUAUUCAAGUAUUUUCUCAUUUUAAUUGAAUAUAAUCAAUACACUACUAUUAACACUAUAAGUAAUGUAUUAUAACUUACAGGAGAUACACAUUAUACAUAAUGAUUAUGAUAAAUAAAACGAUUUGAUUAAGAACUUGAUUGGAUUUAUAUAUUUAGAUGAAUUCAAAAGACAAUAUCAUUUGUCAAGAGAAAUUAAUUGAUGAAUAUUAAAUGGCUAUACCAAUUACAUUCCAUUCAUUACAUGAAACAUCUAAUACAGGAUUAAUGAUACAUUCAUGUGAUAUAAAUGAUUCACAAUUAUCAUCUAUAUCUUUGAAUAAUUCAUAUUAUAAUACAAUAGGACAUAUUGAUGAAUCAAAUCAUAUAGAUACAAAUGGAUUAUUUCCUGAAUGGUCAUUAAAAUUAUCAUCGAAACAAGAUCAUUAUGAUAAACUUAAUAAUGAUGAUAUAACACAUUAUACUGAUCAUAUAUUACAUAAUAAUAAUAAUAAUAAUAAUAAUAAUAAUAAUAAUAAUAAUAAUAAUAAUAAUAAUAAUAAUAAUAAUAUAGAAUUGAAUGAUCCUAAACUAUCCUAUUCAACAGAAUGUAAUAUAGUAGAAGAAGAAACGAAUUCCACUUUAUUACCAAAUUGUCUCACUAAAGGUUUAAAUGACUUGGUAACUAAAUUACAUAAUAAUGAUCAUCAUAAUCAUGAUGUAUUAUACAAUCCAUCUGAUUGUUAUAAUACCCAUGAAUUAUCUAAUUGUGAUAUUAUUAUACCUUCAACAUUCAAUAUUAUUACAUCAUUGAAUAAUACAGAUCUCGUUCAUCAUAAAACAACUUCAUUCAAUUCAUCUAAAUGGUAUCCAAUAUUAAAUAAUCGAUAUAAUACCGAUUAUUUAUAUAAUCCAUUAUUCACAAAAUAUGAUGAUCAUUCAUUGAUUUUAUCAACGAAUCAUACAAAUGAUACAUUGAAUUUAUCAAAAAUGUUUAAUUUAGAUAAUCAUGAAUUUGAUCAAUUGAAUGUAAAUAAAUUGCAUCCAGUUACAUCAUCAUCAUCAUCAGCAGCAGCAGCAGCAACAUCCUCAUCCUCGUCAUCGUCGUCGUCGUCCUCCUCAUCCUCAUUCUCAUCCUCCUUAUCAUCCUCAUCAUUUAAUGAUAAAGAUGUACGAAAUUAUUUUCUUCAUGAAGAAACAUCGUUUGAAAAAGUUCGACAUUUAACAACGAAUAAAAAUGUUUUACAUAAACAUGAUUUAAUAGAAUCUUCAAAGAAUUAUCAAAAUCAUAAUAAUAAUACUGUAAUACCAAAGGAAGAAAUUGUAAAAAAGCAUAUUAUGAAUUCAUAUGAGAAUAAAUAUGAACAAGAGAAAAUGAUUUCGUCAUCAAAUUAUCCUUCCUCGUCAAUUGUUUCAUAUAAUAAUAAUCAUACUAAUUGGAUGAAUAAAGAUGAUAAUAUUAAAAGUAUACAAGAUCAUGAAACGUGUACAACUACAACUACAACAACAACAACAACUACUACUACUAUUAGUAGUAGUAGUAGUUUUAAGAAAAAUCCAUCUUUAUCAUCAUUGAAAUCAUCACGUUUAAAACGUAAAAUUGAUGGUACUUAUUCAUCUUAUAUCAUAAAUCAUGAAACAUCAAUCUGUGAAAAAGAAUCAUUGAAAUUAAUGAAAGAAUAUUCUAAACAAUCUAUUGAUUUCUAUAAUAAUAAUAAUAAUAAUCAUUUUAUUGAUUAUUCUAUUAAAUCAUCUACAUCAAAUAAUGAAUUACAAUUUAUUACUGAUUCUCAUUUAAUCGAUAAUGAUCAUUUAUUCAAUCAAUAUAAUGAUUCAUUACCAUGUUAUUUAUCAUCAAAUAUUGAUUUAAAUAAACAAAUUAUGAAUCAACAUCAUGAUUAUUUAUAUAAUACAUCAAUUAAUUCAAUUGAACAUUUUCCUAUAAUCAAUAAUAUGACAUCAUCAUCAUCAUCCUUUAUACCAGAAAAAUCAAUACAAUUCGAUGAUUAUGAUAAUUAUAAUAAUAAAUCAAUAGAGAAAUCAAUUAAUCAUAAAAAUGAUGAAACGAUUACAUUAAUAAACAAUAUAGAUAAAAUAAAUAAUAAUAAUACUGAAUAUUCAAUUCAUUCUACAGAACAAUUAAAUCCUAUUAAUCCUAUAGAUCAUUUUAAUUCAAUUACAUUUGAUUAUUGUAAUCAUCCAAUUACACAUAGAUAUAUAUCAUGUACAAAUGAUGAAUAUCAUCUUUCUCCUUCUCCUCCUCUUCCACCUCCACCUCCUCCUGAUCCUCAUCAUCAUCAUCAUCAUCAUCACCAUCAUCAACAUCAUAAGUUAACUAUAAGUAAUACAUUUAAUGAAGAAUUACAACGCCCACCACCAUUACAGCAACAACACCAACACCAAUCAGCACCACCGCCAUCAUCACAACAACAACAAUCAUUAUCUAAAUUGAGUAAUAAUAAUAAUAAUAAUAAUAAUAAUAAUACAACAUUAGAUUAUUUUAAUAUAAAUCCAUUAACUUAUUUAUCAUCGAAUAUAUUACCUUCAACAGAUAUUAAUGAUAAAUUAAAAAUGAAUCCAAAAUAUUUAGCUGCACAACAAGCAUUAAUAGUCAAAUAUUUUAAUCAUAAUCAUAAUAAUAAUAAUAAUUUAACAAAAAUAUCUCAUUUUAAUGAAUUUAAUGAUUUUUUUAAUGAAACUAAUGAAAUCAAUCAAACCAAUCAAAUGAAUGGAAUUCAUGAAGUCAAUCGAACCAAUCAAAUGAAUGGAAUUCAUGAAGUCAAUCGAACCAAUGAAAUGGAUGGAAUUCAUGAAAUCAAUCGAACCAAUGAAAUCAAUGGAAUUAAUGAAAUCAUUACAAAUGAAAAUACUAUGAUUAAUCAUUCAUCUAUUCAUUCAAUAUUAAAUAAUGAUAUUAUACUUCCUAUUGAAGAUACUACUACUACGACGACGACUACUACUACUACGACUAAUCAUAAUGAUGAAUUAUGUUUAAAUAGAUUUGAUCCUUUUGUACAUUUACCAACAUCUAGUAAACCUAAUUGUAUUCAUGAUUGUGAAGAUCAUUAUUUAGUAACAACAAUAAAAGAUAAGAAUUUCAUUGAUUCUAAUAUGAAAUUAUGUAAUAUGAAUACAAUGACAAAAAGAUUUCAACAUAAAUGUCCAUAUAAUUCAUUAGAUCUAGAUAAUAAGAAUCAGUUAUAUCAUAAUCCAUCAACAAUCUUAUUGAAUAAUAGAUCUAAUCAUUAUAUGAAUGAACCAAUUUUAUUCAAUGAUACAUUCAUGAAUAAAUCGAAUACCGAUUCAUAUUUACAGUCAUAUCAUUGUUUUAUGAAUGGAAUAGAUACAUUCGAUGAAAAGAAUAUAAAAUUACAUAAUGAACAUAAUACAUGUAUCAGUCCAUUAUUACUAUUAUCAUCCUCAUCAUCAUCCUCGUCAUCAUCAUCAUCAUCGUCAUCGUCAUCGUCAUCGACGUCAUCAUCAUCGUCAUCGUCAUCAACACAUUCCACAACAUCAUCAACAUCAUUAUCGUCUACUUUAUUAUUAUCUUCUACAUCUACACCAUCAAUGAUAUCAUUUAGUCCGAAUCAUUCUAGAUUAUCAAAAAAUUCUAAUUAUAAUAUAAAUGAUAUAAAUUCUAUAUCAAUGAAUGAAACAGAUUGUCAUCAAUUAUGUUUAGUUUGUGGUGAUAAUGCAGCAUGUCAACAUUAUGGUGUAAGAACAUGUGAAGGAUGUAAAGGUUUUUUUAAAAGGACAAUUCAAAAAAAUGCACAAUAUGUAUGUCUUCAAGCUAAAAAUUGUGUAGUAGAUAAACGUCGACGUAAUCGUUGCCAAUAUUGUCGAUUUCAAAAGUGUUUAAAAGUUGGAAUGGUUAAAGAAGUCGUUCGUCGGGAUAGUCUUAAAGGUCGUCGAGGUCGUUUAUCAUCUAAAGCACGUUGUCAAUUAAAUGAACAUGGUGGAUUAGCCAAUUGUUAUAAUGAUGGUAAUAUUAAUAAAAACUUAUUACCUUUACAUAGUUUUCUUCAUAAACGUAAUAGUAUAUCACCAAAUUUUUCACCUAUUCAUGGUAAACGUUACUCAGGUUCUAAUAUACAAUUAAAUCAUACAAAUAGAACAAAUUCCAAUACUGUAAAUUCAACUGUUACACUUUUAUCAAUGUUAAGUAGAGCAUAUGAAAUGGUUGGACCAAGAAGUCAUUCUGUCAUGAUCAAUAAUGAGAAUAAUUUGAUUCAAAGUAAUGAAUGCUCAAAAAAACAUGACGUAUUAAAUGGCGAGGUUGGAGAUUAUUUACAAACUUCACCUGAUGAUACCGAAAUUAAUGAACAUUAUACAAAUAAAUUUUGUUCAAUUCUAGAAGAAUCAAUCAAAGAAUUAAAAUAUUAUGCUGAAUUAGUUCCAGGUUUUAUGAAUUUAUCUCUAAAUGAUCGUGAUAUAAUGUUAAAUUUACAUUAUUUAGAUUUAUUAAGUUUUCGUUUAGCUUGGAGAUGUGCCAUGGAAACAGAAGUCACGACACAUUCAAACUAUACACCAACAUUAUUUACAGAAAAUCAUUCCGACAAUUGUAUAAAAUUAAAUCAAAUUAUACAUGAAAAUUCUUUCAUAGAAAAACCGUACGACAUCUCUUCAUCCAUAAGAAUGACACCAACAACACCUUCAGCAACAACAACACCUACAACAACAGAAACAGCAACAACAGCACUAUUACCACUAACAACAACAUCAUCAACAGCAACAACAACAACCAUGACUAAAACAAAUACAUCAUCUAAUUAUGAAAAUAUUUAUAUUCCGACUAUACAUAAUUGGAAUCAACAAAUGAAUCAUUCAAGAAUGGAUAAAUCGCAUUUUAUUGAGUAUUAUAAAACAAACUACUUAUUAAAUAAUAGUAGUCAUAAUAAUAAUCAUCUUCAAAAUAAAGAAAUUUUAUUUAUUUUUGAAAAUGGUAAAUCAAUGUCAUAUAGAGAAUUAUUAAAAUCUGGUUUUGGUAAUUGGGCUAAUCAAAUUAAACAAUUUAGUACACAAUUAAAAAUCUUAAUACAAGAUGAUUAUAAUGCAAUUUGGGGUUUAGCUGCAUUAAUUUUAGUGAAUUAUAAAUCAAUCAAUUACCUCACUCCAUUGUCAAAUUCUAGUGAAGUUUAUUCAUUACAUCAUAGAUUUGUUGAAAUGUUAAAAAGUCAUUGUUGUUCAUCAACUCAACAUAUAAAUUUAACAUCAAAUACACAAACAUCAUUCAUUCAUGAUUCAACUACUAAUAAUAAUACUACUAACAACAUUAUAAGUAGUAAUAAUAAUUCAUCUAAAAAAUCUAAUAAACUUAAUACAAAUGAUCAUUUAAUAUCCACUACAUUAUUACGUAAUGAUUCAACAUAUUUUUCUAAAGUAUUUCAACAAAAAGAUAUGAUACAUGAAAUGACACGUGAAUAUUUAAUUCAACCAUUACAACACUUAUAUGAUCAUGAUCCAAAUACAUAUUCAUGGUUAAAAGAUAUUUUAGAAAUUAUCAAAUUAUCCGACUAAAUGUAAACAAGAUUAAGAUCUAUUUAUUGGAUCAAUAAUGAUCUUAUUCAUAAGGUGAUAAUAAUAAAUAAUGAAUGGUAUGGAAAGCAAAACAAACAAACAAACAAAAAGUCACAAUUAUCUUCUUUCAUAAUGAUUAUUGAAUUUCUACAGGUAAAAUAAACUCAGUUUUCGUUCCGCUCCCGCCCCCCGCCUCUACCCCCUCCCCAAAUUUUUUUUUCAUUUUUUUUAUUCAAUAAAUCAAUAUUCGUUUUUUUUUGUUUCGUCUUCAAAUAUUUUCAUUUAUCCUUUUAGUAUCAUUAAAAAGUUCUAUUAAGAAAUGAACAGUCUAAUAGGAUGAUCAAUGAUGUAUUAUAAUGAGGUUAAAUCAAAUAGAUAAUUAUUAUAUAUAUAUAUAAAGAGAGAGAGAAAGAGACAGAGACCUAAUUUACUAUUAUGCUUUACAUUAUAUAUAUAUAUUGUAUUCAUGAAUAAAAACGAGAAACAAAAACAAUAAAGAUAAACAAAAUUAAUGCAGCUUAUGAUUUAAUCCUUUUUAAAUGAAUUUAAUAUAUACUACUUAUAAAUCGUGAUUAAGAAUAGAACACGACAAUGAUUUUUUUGUUGUUGUUGUUAUGGGUUAUUACGUAAUACUAUUACUAUUAUUAUUAUUACUAUUACUAUGGUUACUAUUAUUAUUACUAUUAUCGAUUAAGUGAUCAAUCAAUAAAAUGUAAUCAUCCAAAAGACAAUCAUUUGAUCAAGUUAUUUGUUAAAUAAUUUAAUUUAAAAAAAUCUUUAUUACUACUGAUAAAACUACUGAAUAUUACUACUAUUACUAUUACUACGAUUACUUUUUGUUUUUUCUAAUUACUAUGGAUAAUAUUAUAUGUAUGAAAAUGGUUAAAUAAAAACACAAAAACAAACCCAUAAAGAUAUAUACACGUGUAUAAACAAGUUACUAUGUGGGGGGGGGGUUUGUUGUCGUUGUGAUUUUCAAUAAUAACAAUGAUUAUUAUUAUGUUAUUAAUUAAUUUAUUACUUUAAAGAAAAGAAAAAAUAAAGAAAUUGAGUGUAAAA